AUGCUGCGCCAGCUGCUCUCCCUGGCGAACAGCGUCAUCGAGCAGUGCUCCUCGUGGGUGCACAACUGCUCCCGAUGGGUCGUGAAGGCCGCCGUGGCCCGCCUGUGCUGCGUGCCCGCCGACGGCAGGGGGAUCCACCUCAAGGCGACAGGCAGCAUCCUGGGCUGCGCCCGGCUCCUGGACAAGCCCCUGUCGUUCUUCGACGACUAUCGCGUCAUCAGCGGCGUGCCGGUCUUCGUCAUCGACAGCAGCAAGAUGAGACCAACGCCGAGGGCCGGAGAGUCCGAGUUCCGAAAUCAGGCUGACGUGCACAUGGCAGGGGACCUGGGCGCCCCGUCGCAGGUGGUCAAGCCCGCGCCGGCGCCCCGCGGGCCCCUCCAGGCGAGCAACUUCACGUUCCACUGGCAGAAGGCCACGCUGGAGCAGCUGGACGGGGCAUUCUGCGAGGUCGCGCCCGGCAGGUUUGCCGUCUCGUGCAGUUCCUUCUCUCGGGACGGCAGCCGGUUGGUGACCGGCCACUCGAACGGGUCCAUACGGGUGUGGGACGCAAACCACGGGCGCCUUGUGAUCAGCAUGGAAGUCGCCCACAAACACAAGGUCAUGGCCUGUUUCUUCAGAUCGAUGUCAAAUACAAUUGUUAUUUCGAUCGAUACAAGGUGCACCAUACAGGUUUGGAACACACAGAGCUCUGAGCUGCCUUUGAGGCGCGAGAUCAGCUUUUCCUUCCAGCAAAUUGACUCUCUAGGCAUCGCCAGCACAGAAGAUGAAGAUGCAGACUGGAAGAGCUCCAGUGCCAAUGCAAUUUUCUCUGCCAAGCGCGACUUCUUAGCUGUUCAGAAGGACACCGCAUCAGAUUACUUCGUCAGAGUCCAAGAUGACGUGCGUGCCCAUUUCCUUGACAUAUACCAAACAUUCAACUGGGCAAACUCAAAUGAAGGCGAAGUGGAGCCUUUCAAGAGGCUUGCCAUACCAUGGCAAAGGGAAAUAUGGGGCGAACUCAAAUUUGCGGGCGGGGCAUUCUCUGAGAAUGGUGGUGGCUUGUUGGUUGGGCUGCGGGCUUCCAUUGAGGACACUCCAGGGUUCGUUGUUCUCUGGCCCAAUUGGGGCCUGGCAACCGCAAAUAAGAGUUUCGAACUGAGAGGCACAAUUGGCUCAUGGUCACCCGAUGGCCAAUAUGUGGUUACUUGGGACCCCUUUGCCAUGGGCCAGGCAGCUGAAAUAUUUCAUGUUUGGGAUGUGGAGGCCAUGCAGGACAUAAAAAGCGCUGAGUCAAUUGUUGUUCGAUUGGGUUCAGUUUCUUUGAUAGAUCCGGCUGUCCAGCAGAUGCGCCUCCGUGCAAAAGACCCCAUCGACCUCAGAGAUGAGGCAGGGAAACGGGUGUUGUGGUGCCGCUUUGUGGACGGCAUGGUGGGAACAGGGCACAAUGUGGCUUCGUGUGUGCUUGGGAGAACCAUAAGUGUCGUGUUUUGGGAUCUGAAAGAGCAGAGUCCAGUUGUCUCCUUGGAGACUGGCGUUGCACGUGCAUGGGGCAACAGACUGAAUCGAUGGGCGGACAAUCUUGCGGAAGGGUAUGAGAGCAUCGCUGUGUCCGGAGACAGGCAGUGGCUUGUCUUGUACAUCUCUGUUGUGAACAAGGGGUUUGUGUGGAACACCGCAGAGGCAGUGCAGCACCUGUGCUUUUCUCUCCCUGACGGUUUUGUGGAGUACAGAGGGAUAGACAUUGCGGAUGGUGGUCGAAAGGUGUCAAUGUGUGGCCGCGACAAUGUUCUGCUGUGGAACACAGACGUUGUGUGCAAUGGUCCGCGCAACAGUGGCUGCAUACAGGCUGCUUACAACCUGCCCUCCGAUGAAGCCAUUCCUGAGCCAAUCAUCGCCUGCUCGUUUUCCAACGAUGGCAGCAAACUUGGAGCGCUGGAUGAGUCGAGGAAAGAUCUGUACAUCAUUGACUUCCGAGGUGGGCGAACGUCACCCCUGCAUGCUGCCUGGGGACCAUCCAUUAAGCGCACCUUGUUUGUGGUCUUUGCAUUUUCGUUCGAUGGACAGUCUGUUGUGGGCUGUAUGGAAGACAAUGCAGUUGUGAUGUGGGAUUUGUAUGAGGUGGGGGAUUUGGAAAAUGCUGGGCAGCGAUUGGCAACUUUGAGUAAUCAGGCCAUUGGAUGUUCGUUUGUCAGCACUGGGCGUGCAAGGGGACCUCCUGUGGUUGCGGUAUGUGAGAAGGACGGAUCGCUGGUUUGGAUAGAUACAGAGAAUGGCCAAUUUGUGGCCAGGGAGCCUGGCACUGGGUGCAUAGCAUGCAUAUUCAGUUCUGGCGGUGAGACAGCAUGUGUGGUGCGUGACGGGUUCAGCGUGAUUGUUUAUGACCUCCUGCAGCGUUCGGUGCAGAGAACCACCCUCUUCCUGCAGAACAUUUCAGAGCUGGACUCCUUCCCUGGAAAUCUGGCAAAAGAUGGCAGCUUUGCUGUUGUGAGUCAGGAUGCCUCGACCAAGAUGCCUGUGGCCAUUAUGGCCUCCACCAUUGAGGAUUCGAGCGAGGCAAUAAGAGUGCGCUUUGAACGAAUGAAAUUCAGCCAUCGCAUGGCCAAUCAGACAACGCACUAUGCAACUCGCAUGGCAUUGUCUGAUGAUGGCCUGCUGGCUGUCAUGGUUGACUCCGUCCCUGUGAUACCCAACACAACCGAGAUCGUGGGUGCCAUGCUCGACAGGACACACAAGAAAGUGAGCGAACAACAUAUUCGAGUUGUGGGAAAAGGAAAAGGGCACAAGGAAGUAGAGGGGGGCCGUGGCUUGGCCACAACACAUCUGAUCGCAGUUUCAGGAGAUGGCCGGCGGAUCGCCAAUGUGCAAGAAGACAGGAAAAUUGUAGUGUGGACGGCAUAUGCCACAAAGGGUUGCAUUCCUGACUACGAGUCUCUGAAGGCCAAGAAUGUGUUCAAAGAGCCUGCUGCAAUGAAGGCGCUGCUCGACAAGCAUGGCCCAGGAGUGAUAAAUGUGCCUGACUCAAGUGGCAUGUCGAACUUGAUACACUUUGUGGAUGAAAAAGAGAAGGUUCUGGUAGAGACGAUGAUGUCUUGGGCCCUGAACAUGAAGAUCCAGGUCUCCUUGUUCGCCACUGUGGGAGACAAGCGAAUGAGUGGGCUGCAGUUGGCAAUUGAACGCCGCGCCCCAGAAAUUGCUCAGGUUCUGUUGAGGAAGAUGUUUGCUGGCAUCACUACUCGGGUGGCGAUGAGCAAAAUCCUGCGAGAGUCCCUUGUAAACUUGGCAGUUGUUUGCCCGUCAGUCUUCAUGGAGACCAUCGAGGCACCAGCAAUGUCAGCAUCUGUUGGGGAGAUUGUUGUGCCAGAAAAGGCUUUCAUUGGGCAGAAAUUUCUGGUGGGGACGAGUGGCAAGCUGGUGCCACCAGAAGAUGGACUCACAGACCUGUGGCACAACAUGCACCCCAGCUUACAUUCGUCAAGGGAUGAAGUGCGGGUAACCGCCCAUGCCGUUGUGUACCCCUACCCAGAUUGCUGUGCCUUUGGCCUUGCUGGAAUCCUUAGGCCUCUUUUGUUCUCAAACGUACCGAAUCAGGCGUACUCCUCCGACUUCGUGCGGUCAGUCAUCUUGUACAAGUGGAACACCUACGCUGCUGAAAUGCUGAUGACUCAGCUGAUGCAUCACAUCUGCAUCCUGACAGCAUUUGUAUCUGCUGCCAUAAUGUUGGGCCAUGACAGGGAAGGACGCCAGGAACAUGCUGACAUCAUGGACGGGAAGUUUGAUAUUGCCAUCACCAUGUUCAUAGGCAUCGCUUCCGUCUUGGGACUGUUGAGCCUGGUCCGGAAGGUGCAUCAGAUGUUGACAUACUGCCUGGAAGGACGGAAGACGUUUUGGUUUUGGCUAAUGGAGAAGAGGAAUGUUUUGGAAGUGUUGUCUCUCGUCUUGGUGACUUUCGUGAUUCCCCCUGUGCACUUGGGUGCGGGGCCUGGCUUGAAAAGACACGAGUCGUGGUUGGUGGCCAUCACACUGAUCUUGCUGUUCUGGAAGCUGGUGUACUUUGGGCAAUCUUUCCCACGCACAGCACCACUGGUGACCUCCACCUUUGAGAUCUUGUGGGACAUAACUUACUUCCUGGCCCUCGUUGGGCUGUUACUGGGUGCAUUCAGCGUCGCAUUUUUUGUCCUGUUUCGGAACAGUCAUCCAGAUGAGGAAGGGGUUAUGACAAGCGAAGAGGUGGAGAAAUUUUUUGGAUCGUUUGACAGAUCGCUCUUGACAACGUUCGGGAUGAUGCUGGGGGAGUUUGAGGUUGAGCUCUUUUUCGAGUCGGACGAUCCUGUGGUUUCUGUCAUAAUGUUUGUGCUUUUUAUGUGUGCCAUGAUGGUGGUGCUCUUCAACCUUCUCAUUGCAAUCAUGGGCGACUCAUAUGACAG